GCUGUUGAUCGCGGUGCCGUAUACCACGGUCCUGUUCCUCUCGAGCGUGCGGUGAACAGAAACACGCCGUGGAUCCUCGGUGUCGCAAGUGCGAUAUUCACUCGAUAGGAUAAGGACAACGACCUUCCAAAGAUGAGCUGCAACUGUCCGUUGACCCAGUCGACUGGUCCAACACUUGCAUCGACAUGCGGCGGACAAUCGUUCAUGCUCUUCAUGGGCCUCCUCGAGGUGUUCCUGCGCAGCCAAUGCGACCUCGAGGAUCCUUGCAACAGACCUCUGCCGCCAAUCGCCGUUAAUUCCAGGUACGACUUCGUAGUGAUAGGUGGUGGAAGUGCUGGCGCAACGGUAGCAGCGAGACUAUCGGAGGAGCCAAGAUUCUCUGUGUUAUUGCUGGAAGCGGGCCUGGACGAGCCAACUGGUACACAGAUACCGUCGUUUUUCUUCAAUUUUAUCGGAACUAAUAUCGACUGGCAAUAUAACACCGAGAGCGAAGACACAGCGUGUCUGAAUAAGGAGGACAGGAGAUGUUACUGGCCAAGAGGAAAGGUGUUGGGUGGAACCAGCGUCAUGAAUGGCAUGACAUAUAUGAGAGGCUCGCGAAAAGAUUACGACGACUGGGCCAGACUCGGAAACGUGGGAUGGUCUUAUCAGGAUGUCCUUCCAUAUUUCAUCAGAAGCGAAGAUAACCUUCAAGCGAAUACUAUGGAUUACGGUUAUCACGGUGUCGGUGGACCCCUCACGGUCACUCAGUUUCCUUAUCACCCGCCCCUGAGCUACGCCAUCCUCGAGGCCGGGAAAGAACUCGGUUACGGUACCGUGGAUCUGAACGGUCGAACGCAUACCGGAUUCGCCAUAGCGCAGACAACAUCGAGAAACGGUUCGCGACUUUCGACGGCCAGGGCGUUUCUGCGUCCUGUCAGGAAUCGACCGAAUCUCCACAUAAUGCUCAACUCCACGGCCACCAGAAUCCUCUUCGACAACAAUAAAAGGGCUGUCGGCGUGGAAUUCGUCCACGACGACAAGAUUCAUCGUGUUUCCGUGGCCAAGGAAAUCGUCAUAAGCGGAGGGGCCGUAAACUCGCCUCAAAUACUCCUGAACAGCGGUAUCGGGCCGCGUAAGGAGCUGAACGACGUUGGAGUCGCUGUUACUCACGACCUGCCAGGUGUUGGAAGAAAUCUACAUAAUCAUGUCGCCUACACGCUCGUCUUCACAAUUAACGACACCGACACCGCGCCGCUGAAUUGGGCCACCGCGAUGGAGUACCUGCUCUUCAGAGAUGGUCUGAUGUCUGGCACAGGAAUCUCCGAGGUGACCGCGAUGGUGAACACGAAAUUCGCGAAUCCGAAGGAGGACCACCCGGACAUUCAAUUAAUUUUCGGCGGUUAUCUGGCGGACUGUGCGGAAACUGGGAUGGUCGGGGAGUCAAAGGGCGCGAACCGUACCAUCUACGUGAUACCAACCUACCUCCAUCCGAAAAGCCGCGGCUACCUUCGUCUAAGGAACAACGAUCCCCUUUCAAAGCCGUUGAUCUACCCGAAGUAUCUGAACCACCCCGACGACGUGGCCAGCCUCGUCGAGGGUAUUAAGUUUAGUAUCAAGUUGGCGGAGACCGGAGCUCUCAGCAGGUAUGGUUUCCAGUUGGAUCGUACGCCGGUGAAGAACUGCGAGCACCUGAAGUUCGGCUGCGACGCUUACUGGGAAUGCGCAGUGAAACACGAGACGUCGCCGGAGAACCAUCAGGCGGGUUCCUGUAAAAUGGGCCCACCAGACGACCCUAUGGCGGUGGUGGACAACCAAUUGAGAGUCAGAGGGGUAAGAGGGGUACGUGUAGCUGACACCAGCAUCAUGCCGAUGGUGGUUUCUGGAAAUACGAACGCACCCGCCAUCAUGAUCGGCGAACGAGCCGCUGACUUCAUGAAGAGGACCUGGAUAGGCUGAACCAGGCUCCUUUCACGGAUAGAGGUACAUUCCGGGACCGAUACGCCAUCGUUCGUCGAAAGAAAUUUCUAAUCGAUUACCGUGUAACGUCGAACUCGAGCAGACGUUCGGUUUUGUUAUUUUAUCGUCUGGCUACUGUGCAGUGAAUAUUCGAAAUAUCGUGGACCAGUGUAGAACCGUAGAAAUAUCCUCAGCUAUCCUAACACGGUGAUUCUAAUGUAGUUGUGGCUACCACGGAAAGAUCUUUAAUGAAUUAAUUACGUUUAAUCUCGUUCGUAUUGUAUUUUCUUUAAAAGCCAUUUACGAUGUUUUGAGGUUAGUCGAAUGUUGCGUGAGGCUCAGAUGGCGCUGUGCGCAUUCAAUUACUGCGGGGGGGGGAAUGAACACGAAACGAGUACAGUGAAUACGUCUGUAAGUGUCGCGAAGUUUAGAUAACGUCGCGUUCUCGGUUACCCUUAUUGCUCGAGUUGUAACAAUAAGAGUAACUGAAAUAAGAUCAUAUCGAGUGAAGAAACAGUAAAUAGUAAUGCUAUUACGUUCGAAGUGUAAACGGAAAACAGGGAAUGGUAAUUUUUAAUUAUUUUACAGCGUAUAACUGAUUUUGUUUGUCGCAACUGGGACUACAGAACUGUCGAAUCAUAAAAGGUUAAAAAAUAAAAAUAUCCAUUUAAAAAAAGGGUUAUAAAAUAAAGAUUUCCUCGCUUGAAAAAAAAUGUUACCAUCCUAAAACUUAACAAUGUUAUAUGCAAAAAAAUAUCCGUGUAAAAAAAAAGGGUU